AUGGUCUCUAAUAAUAAUAAUACUAAUGAAUUCGAUAAUAAUAAUAAUGAUGAUGAUGAUGAUGAUGAUGAUAACAAUGAUGAUGAUGAUGAUGAUGAUGAUAACAAUGAUGAUGAUGAUGAUGAUGAUGAUGAUGAUAACAAUGAUGAUGAUGAUGAUGAUCAACAUACUCAGCAACAAAAAACUGAUAGUUUUUUGCCUGGCGGUGCCUUUGUUACAAUGAAAAAUCAACCGAAUUCAUUGCCACUUCAAAUACAAUCGGGAGGUGAAACAAUAAAUAAUUUUAUGAGGCGAGUCGAAAUUGAACGCGGUUUAUCGAUAAGUAAAUCUGAUAGUGAACAUAUUGAAAUCAAAUAUCCUGUUAAGAGAAAAGCAAUAUUAGAUCAACGAAAGAAGAAAAGAGCUUUGCUCGCAAAAAUUUUAAAAUGA